AUGCCAGAACAGCAGCAGUCAAGACCCCAGCUCAGAGAGAACCAGUGCAACAUGACAGACAUAAUGCAAAGAAUUGCCCUUUCCAAGCCACCUGUGAACAAGGAUAUGUACAACACCUUGUACACUAAGGACUACAUACACUAUGACGACUAUCACUACCAGGUGCCAACAAUGGAUGCCUCACAGAUGCUGAAACUGGAAGCCCAGCUGAAGGCCAAGGAGUUCCAUAGACCUGUUGAGCCUAAACCUGUGAAAUACGUCGAAGCACCUGUCUGCCAAGAAGUUCAACCACCUUAUCCUAUGGACAUGGGCCGGAGGCUGACCACAGACCAAGCGGCUCCACCACCAUUUCAGCAGGUCCAAGAAGAUCCACAGGUUUGCCACCUUCUUCGCGAGCGAAGCGCAGCACAGAAGAUGGAAGCGGAGAGACUAGCUCAGCAGGCAGAUGCAUGUAUUCCGCCAGGUCAAGUACACUCUCCUUGCAUCUGCCCAGAACAGGGCCAGAAUUGGAGUGACUAUCAACAGUUUCUCCUGGAAACGCAGCGAGCUACUGAAAUGCAACUUCGUGAAAUUAAGAAAUCACACAUUGGAUCUACUGUGUUUCAGCCAGACGUUUACCCCAGAACCGAACCAAGUACUUACCAAAGAGAUUUUGUACCCUGGCCCAGACUCCGAAGUGGAUUUUGUAGCUUAAAUAGGAACUUCUCCAAUCUUGUCUUUGACGAUGGCUACUACACUGAGAACCCCUGGGUAUCAGAAUACAUGGACAACUACAACAUUUUCUUGAAGAAGCUGAACAGGAAGACUCGGAACCCUGUGUCAUCUUUCUGCUCAACAGUCAAGCCCGUAACCCAUUUCUCUCACCAGAUGCCCUCUCAAACACCAAUAGCAGUGAACACAGCACCUUGA